GGUGCCGAUAUCCACCUCCCCGCUCCAUCCGCUGUGGGCCCUACUUCCCGCGGCUCCUCCACAGUCAUCAAAACAGCAACCGCCCUCUCUCUCUCUCCAUCUCCUUCACGCCACACCACAAGUGUCGAAACGGAUCAAAGAGCAAGCGACGGGGACGAGAGAGACGAGAGGACCGUCGUCUCCCCCUCCUCCCUCACAACUCACACGCGAGACGGAGACGCGGCCGCAGCCGAGCUUACCCCCGCCGGCGAGUUCACCCUGACAUGGUCGGCCGGAUGGAGCGGCAGACCGCGUCGUCGUCAGCUUCGUGCUCCUCCUCCUCCUCUUCCUCCUCGGUCUGCGGCGGCAAGAAGCGCCCUGAUAUCCUCAACAUGAUCCGGAAUGCAGCCUGUCUUAAUUCGUCAUCUACUGAUACCGGCAAGGGAAGGAGUAAAUUGUCAACCAACAAAGUUACACAUGGAUUCCACCUGGUGGAAGGCAAGUCCGGCCAUGGCAUGGAAGACUACCAUGUGGCAGAGUACAAAUAUGUGAAGAACCAUGAGCUUGGUCUCUUCGCCAUCUUUGAUGGCCAUUUAGGAGAUAAGGUGCCAAGUUACCUGAAAGCUAACCUUUUCAGCAACAUAAUGAAAGAGCCUCUCUUCUGGUCUAGUCCUGAAGAAGCAAUAAAGAAUGCAUACUGCUCUACAAACAAAUAUAUCCUGGAAAAUGGCAAACAACUUGGACCAGGUGGUUCAACAGCAGUUACAGCUAUUGUAGUCGAUGGUAAGGACAUGUUGAUCGCAAAUGUAGGCGACUCUCGAGCUGUUGUGUGUGAAAUGGGCUCUGCUAAUCAGCUCACUGUUGACCAUGAGCCCGAUACAACUGAGGAAAGGCAGAGGAUUGAAAAGCACGGUGGCUUUGUAACGACAUUUCCUGGUGAUGUUCCUCGGGUGAAUGGCCAGCUUGCUGUUGCUAGAGCAUUUGGUGACCAAAGCCUCAAGGCCCACUUGAGCUCUAAACCUGAUACUAGACAUGUACCAAUAGACUCAAGUAUAGAGUUCGUCAUACUUGCCAGUGAUGGAUUGUGGAAGGUAAUGAAGAACCAGGAAGCCGUGGAUCUCGUGAAGUCAAUCAAGGAUCCCAAGGCAGCAGCGAAGCGAUUGACCACUGAAGCGUUGGCAAGGAAGAGCAAAGAUGACAUCUCUUGCAUUGUCAUCCGUUUCCGCUGCUGACUUACCCCCUCAACAGCACUUUUUUAUUUCCGAUCCACGCCUCAUGAUAUGGAUUGAGACAAUCUGUCUGUAAUCAUCUGCCUUGCCGAUUUUUUUUCUGGUAGAAUCUGCUCUACCUACCGUAGUUGUGGACAGACCUGGAACUAAUUAGGACAGUGAAGACUUGAGAGCUGGUAGGUGAGUGUGUGCAGGGUGUCCAUUCCAUUCGCCUGUGCAUAUAUACACCCAGGCCCCAGCGUAGACUGUGCAUCCGUUGACCGGGACUUGGGGGUCCUGUCAGGACCUAGUGCUUGUGAUGCUAAUGGACCUAAUGGUGCGAAGGAACUUGUCGAUAUCUGAUUUGGUCAAUUUAGUUUAUUACAUCGCUCUCAGUUCGUAGGGUAGAUGCAUCUGAUUUCAAUGAAACAUUUUAGUAGUUCAGGCCACCUUUAUAAUGAUGGAUUCCUCCCUAUAUCCUUCGUUUUGUUCUCUGUGUCCUGCGUUUUUUCUACGAAUAUGAACUGUUCCUGUAAAA